GUCUAAUCAGAUCUCAAGGGGCCUUACCAGGAUGCGCUCUGGCAAUAGCACAGUCUCGUGGGUGUCCCCUCAAGAAUCACCCGCCACGGCAAUACUCCAAGCAAAGGAACGCGCAGCAGCGGGACGAAGACGGACCCCGUAGUCUUGUCCUCUCCGUCCAGAUCUCCAUCGGCCAGACGGUAUACGAGCGAAAAUACCGUUGAGAAAGUUCGACUUGAUUCAAGCUCAGGACGAGUGCAAAAGUUGUCUUCAGUCCCAAAGAGAGCAGCAGAUCCAAACCCAGCUCAUGUUCUGCUUGCCGCAGCGACAAUUGCUCAGGAAGUCGUCCACGUGUCGCCAAAAAGAAAUUUAGCUAUCCCGCCUCGAUACGUCCUCCGAUCCGGCCGUCGAUCCUCUAGCCCAGCGGGCCGCAAUCAGGAUGUGCCUUUCAGGCUGCAGAUGUCCCUCUUCGCCACCACCCAGAAGCUGGUCGAGGAGACACUAUUUUAUUGGACCAAAGAGUGGGUGCCACAAGUGCUCACGAACAUGAAGUGGCAGCAGCCAGAACAGACUGAGCUGAACUAUUGGUUUCGAUCGUUUGAUACAAAACGAUUUCUGAAAGAUUUGGUUGUUCAAGCCCUUGCUGAAAGUCGCUCCCUACUCAACUACGAUGAUCUCCGCAAACUUUUACAAAAUCUGCAGCACAUCCGACAUGCUGCUGUCCACCGAAAGCAGUACAAUAUGCUAAACAUAAGGGAGCUGAUGGCCGAUGCGAGACGUAUCACGCGACUGGAAGCUGUGAUUGGCAUACCCAUUGAAGAUUUCAACGUUCGGAUAGCAUCGUUGGAUAAACCGGAGGGCGAAGAACGUACUGAUGGUAACACAGCUGAAGGGCCUGUUCCUCGUAAAUAUGCCGAAUCUCACAACGAAGUCAAUCCAGUUGAGAAGGAUUCAGACAGCAGUGGAGGGUUUCAGAUAAGGCAAUCCGCCAAGUAUGUGCUGCCAGAUUAUGGAACGAUAUCAGUCAUUGACUUGACUGAAGAUGGGGAUGACAAUGUUUUCGACGACGCAAGGAACCCACAGCCAAUCGUAGAGAAUAAAAGCCAGAAGGACGCCCAACAAUGCCCGACUAAGAGAGCCGAUAGAUAUGUAGGAAAGAGCUUCAUCGAGAUAUCAGACACAGAAUCUGGCAAGGAGAGUGGCGAGAUCGAUGAGGAUGAAGAAGAUGACGACGACGAGGGGGAUACGACUCGUUUUUCAAGUGCUCCACGAAUGUAUCACCACGUACAGUACAUGAGGCCACGACUGGGUAAGGAUUUCUGA